CCUCCUAAGCAUGUCAAUUUGAGUGGGCCCUCUUGCUCCUACCCCUCUCAUGAAGGCAGGAAGUAGGAUAGCUGUACCCUCCUGAAGCCUGCAAAAGAGGCUUUGCCAGUAGGUUUCUUAACAGAGGUGCUGUUGACAUUUUGGUCUGGAUAAUUCUUUGUUGAGGGGACUGUCCUGUGCGUUGUAGGAUUUUAGCAGUAUCUCUGGCCACUACUCACUAGAUGUUGAUAGCACAUCGUUCCUUACUCCCAGUCGUGAAAUAAAAAAAAAUGUCUUCAAAUCUUGCCAAACAUGCCCUGGGAGGCAAAAUCCCUCCUGAUUGAGAAUCACUGGAUGAAGGGAAGGCUGGCAGGCCUCCAUUCCCAGAGGGUACAAGAACCAUGCUCUUGGGUUCCACUCAAGAAUACUCCAGCUGCGGAAGCCUUAAGGAGGCGGGUCUUAUGCAGAUAAGCGGCAGGUUUGGAUGGGAGGCGGGCGGCUCUAUGCAGAUGAGAGGGCGGUGCCUGCAUGUUGAUAAGUUGGGCUAGCUGCCGACGCAGCUGGAAGCCUAGCGGGUCCCGCUGCGGUUCGGACUGAGGUGGCAUUCCUCUCCCACCCUCCUUGUCCCUGGGUUCCUACGCUUUGAGGAUUGUCCUUGACCUUUACCCUCGUCCAUUUCCCCCUCCCUACUCCAGUGCCCCGGGUAACUGAUUAUCUCCACUCCUGGCGUCCCCCGCGUUUCUCCGCUCCUGCAGCAAACCUUGCGACCUCUAGCAGCCCGCCCCCGCGGCCUGAUCUUGCCUGGCAGAUCCCGCUGCAGCCUCCCCAGUCUUCGCGCUCUCCCGGGGCUCACCUCACUACGCCGCCGGUUGUCCGCCCUCGGGCUUCCCUUCUCCCUCCUUCCACCCUAUUGGAGCCCCCUCCCCCGCCUUUGCUAGCCGGCAUGCAGGUGUCUAUCGCGUGUACCGAGCAGAACCUUCGCAGCCGGAGCAGUGAGGACCGUCUGUGUGGACCACGGCCCGGCCCCGGGGGCGGUAAUGGCGGGCCAGUCGGCGGGGGGCAUGGGAAUCCUCCCGGGGGUGGAGGGUCCGGCCCUAAAGCCCGAGCUGCACUGGUUCCCCGACCCCCCGCAUCUGCUGGGGCCCUCCGAGAGAGCACCGGCCGAGGCACUGGCAUGAAAUACAGGAACCUAGGAAAGUCUGGUCUCCGGGUAUCCUGUCUUGGCUUGGGUACUUGGGUCACAUUUGGUUCUCAGAUCUCAGAUGAGACAGCAGAGGAUGUGCUGACAGUAGCCUAUGAGCAUGGUGUAAACCUGUUUGACACCGCUGAAGUCCAUGCAGCAGGAAAGGCUGAAAGAACCCUGGGUAACAUACUCAAGAGCAAAGGUUGGAGGAGAUCCAGCUAUGUGAUCACCACCAAGAUUUUUUGGGGAGGACAGGCAGAAACUGAGCGAGGCUUGAGCCGCAAACACAUCAUUGAGGGCUUGCGAGGAUCCCUGGAACGCCUCCAGCUGGGAUAUGUGGACAUUGUCUUUGCCAAUCGCUCAGAUCCCAACAGUCCUAUGGAGGAAAUUGUCCGAGCCAUGACCUAUGUCAUCAACCAGGGCCUGGCCCUAUACUGGGGGACAUCCCGAUGGGGGGCUGCAGAAAUCAUGGAAGCCUACUCCAUGGCCAGACAGUUCAACCUGAUUCCUCCCGUGUGUGAACAAGCUGAGCACCACUUGUUUCAGAGGGAGAAGACGGAGAUGCAGCUGCCAGAACUCUACCACAAGAUUGGUGUUGGCUCAGUCACCUGGUCCCCUCUGGCCUGUGGCCUCAUUACUAGCAAGUAUGAUGGACGAAUCCCAGAUACCUGCAGAGGUGCCAUCAAGGGCUAUCAGUGGCUCAAAGACAAAGUGCAGAAUGAGGAUGGUAAGAAGCAACAAGCCAAAGUCAUGGAUCUUCUCCCCAUCGCUCACCAGCUGGGGUGCACUGUGGCUCAGCUUGCUAUUGCAUGGUGUCUCCGCAAUGAGGGUGUUAGCUCCGUCUUGCUAGGGGUGUCCAGUGCAGAGCAGCUGAUAGAACACCUGGGCGCUCUACAGGUGCUGAGCCAGCUGACCCCACAGACGGUGAUGGAGAUAGACCGGCUCCUGGGUAACAAGCCGCAUUCCAAGAAAUAGUCUGUCGGGGGCGCAGGGACCCAACCCAGAGCCGCUGCACGUUCCCGAGAACCGCUUCCCAGCAAUCACGUCUCUACCUUCUCUGAAUCCCUUCCCGCAGCGGUCAGAGCCAGGAUAGCCCCGCCCACCAACGAGUCCCGGCUUCGAGUAGCGAUUCGCAUGACAAAGCCAUAUCCUUCCGCAGUAGGGCUUGAGAGAGAAAGUAGUCCGCCUGACCCCUGUUGCGUCCUUCUAGGCCUUGCAAAUCCUGGGCAUGAGCAACUGGUCAUCCACUCACUGCCACUUGGUCUUGCUCCCUUCUCUCUUCCCCCUAUUGCUGAGGCCC